AUCAAACGCAGAUCUCGUCAGGCCCCCCUAGGCUCUUCAAUCGACCACAGAGAAGAUGAUUUCUGUGCUAGUUGUUUGAAUAUGGCUUUGUCGAGAGGGUUUAGAUGCUGUCAAAGAAUAUUCUCCUGGAUCCCCGUCAUUAUUAUCACGUCUGUAGUUUUGUGGUCCUAUUACGCGUAUGUCUUUGAGCUGUGUCUGUUCACUCUCAGCAACACCCUGGAAAAAGCGGCCUACCUUCUGGUGUUCCAUGCUUGUUUUGUGAUGUUUCUGUGGACUUACUGGAAGUCCAUUUUCACACCUCCCUCCACACCUGGCAAGAAGUUCCACCUUUCCUACUCGGACAAGGAGCGGUACGAUAAGGAAGACAGACCAGAUGUGCAGAAGCAUAUUCUCAUGGAGGUGGCGAAGAAGCUUCCCAUCUUCACAAGAACAACAUCUGGAGCGAUCAGGUUCUGCGACCGCUGUCAGCUGCUGAAGCCUGACCGGUGCCAUCACUGCUCUGUCUGUGAGACAUGCGUCCUCAAAAUGGAUCAUCACUGUCCAUGGGUAAAUAAUUGUGUGGGCUUCUCCAACUAUAAGUUCUUCCUGUUGUUCCUGACAUACUCCAUGCUCUACUGCGUCUUCAUCGCUGCAACAGUAUUUCGAUAUUUCCUCAAGUUUUGGUCGGGAGAGCUGCCCAACGUUCAGGCCAAGUUCCAUGUACUCUUCCUCAUGUUCGUGGCCCUCAUGUUUUUCCUCAGCCUCAUGUUCCUCUUUGGGUACCACUGCUGGUUGGUGACCAAGAACAGGUCCACAUUGGAGGCUUUCUCAGCCCCCAUAUUCCAGACCGGACCUGACAAGAAUGGCUUCAACCUGGGCUUCCGGAGGAACCUGAUCCAAGUUUUCGGAGAUGAGCGGAAGCUCUGGUUCCUCCCUGUUUUUACAAGCCUUGGCGAUGGUCAUUUCUUCCCCAUGCGGACCCAGAGUGAAUCCCGGAACCCUUUAUUAGGUAACGAGGAGCAAUGGGACGAAGACGGCGGAUCGGAUGAAGAAAGUCCAGCCAUUCAAAGAGACCCUUCAGUCACCAUACACAUAGAGUCGUAAUUGGCUGGAGAGCAAAGCAGCAGAAAUCAUUCAAGGUGAUUUUUAACAGCGAUGAAGCGGUGCGACGUGGUGGAGGUGCGUGUGUGUGGAGAUGCUGCUGCUGCCGUGUCUAUGGUGAUGCCUACAAAGUUGUGAAGAAUUUCAGACCAGCUGAGAGACCCUAGAAGGAACCGAACGUCAAACAAGAACAGCGUCUUCACCCCCCCCCCCUCCCCCGUGUCACCAUACAGAUGUGUAUGGUUAUCAC